CUGGCGUCUCCAGGUAGCCCUGGGAAAGACUCCUCCCUGAAGCCCAGGAAAGCUGCUGCCAGUCAGUGCUGGCAAUACAGGGCAAGGUGGCUCAGUGGUUCAACUAGUGAUAACGCAGUGCCCUGUGUUCUUUCCUAAGUCCAGCAUGAUGAAAGGAAAGAGCCAGAAACGUGUGUGUGUGUGAACAUAUAUGUGUGAACAUGUGUGUGUGUGUUUGUAUGUGUGUGGAGCAGUUCUGAGACCAGGUACAUCCCCCUCCCUUUUUUUUGUUUUUCCACUUUACUCAGCUGAGGGAACUCAAAGCAGGCUCUAGACUUUGCCCCAUGAUUGGGCAGUGCCCAGGCUACUAGUCACCGUAGGAACUUCACUUUUCAAGAUUUCUGGUUGUUAGGUGGUGCUGGUGCUGCUGGUGCUGCUGCUGCAUGGGGUGACAAGCCUGCCAGAAGUGCCUUGUGAGCCAUCCCAGAUGUCUUCCAGUUGGGGAAGGGAGUGGCAGAUCUGUUUGUCCGUACUGCCCCCGGCCUCAGUGUAAGGCAAAUGUCGUCGCAGCAGUCAGAGAAGCCCGACUCCUUGGACACCUAUGAAACCCUGAAGCUGGAGAGGGUGCGAGAGAAGGUGUUGCAUGUGGAGCUCAACCGGCCAGAGAAAAGGAAUGCUAUGAAUGCAGCCUUCUGGAGGGAGAUGGUAGAAUGCUUCAACAAGGUUGCUCAAGAUUCGGAAUGUCAUGCAGUGGUGAUCUCUGGUGCUGGGAAAAUGUUCACUUCAGGCAUCGACUUGAUGGAGAUGGGUAGCGUGUUCCUGAUGGUGCCAGGUGACGACACAGCCCGGAAGGCUUGGAACAUUCACAAGAAGAUCCAGGAAUAUCAAGAAACUUUCACGGUGUUGGAGAAGUGCCCAAAGCCCAUAAUUGCUGCCAUCCAUGGGGGCUGCAUCGGAGGAGGUAUGAAUCUCAUCUCAGCUUGUGAUAUCCGCUACUGUACAAAAGACGCCUGGUUCCAGAUUAAGGAAGUGGAUGUCGGGUUGGCAGCCGACGUUGGUGUUUUGCAGCGGUUGCCUCAUAUCAUCGGAAACUGGAGCCUGGUGAACGAGCUGGUCUUCGCUGCCCGGAAACUGAUGGCUCCAGAGGCUGAAAGCCACGGCCUAGUCAGCCGUGUCUUCCAAGACAAGGAGGCCAUGAUGCAGAGCGCCUUUGACUUGGCUACCGAGAUCGCCAGCAGGAGCCCGGUUGCCGUGCAGGGCAGCAAAGUCAACCUCGUCUACUCCAGGGACCAUCCUGUGUCCGAUGGCCUGAAUUAUAUGGCUGCCUGGAACAUGAGCAUGCUGCAGACAGAGGACAUCAUCAAGUCCGCCCAAGCCAUCAUGGAGAAGAAGACUCCCAAACAGAUUGCGUACUCCAAGCUGUAGCUGCCUGCCUUGCACAGGGAGGCAGCAAAGCAGACGGGUCGGCCUGCUGCUGCGCCUGUGGGUUAGACUGAGCUCCAGGCCCCCAUAAGAGAAGGGGGCACAAGUGCCUUUAAGGACACGUUCCAUCUGCAUUGGGGAGAGGGACGUGACACUUAACUAUUUAGGAGGGCGGGGCGGGGGUAGAGACCUGUCUUCUUGGAAAAAUCUGCUUUCCCAAAAAAAAAGAAAGGUGAAUGGUAGAACAGAAAUAAAGGUUUAAAACAUAAUCAGCACUCUAGGAAAAGGAGGUUAUUUCAACAGAGAUUAAAUGCUGCUUCAGUGGUGCUCUAGUCUAGUCUAGUCUAGUAGGUAUGUUGGUUCUUCUCUUGAUUGAGAUUUAUUUCCUUGCUUAUACUUAUAUACCGCUCUUCCAAAAUGGUUCAGUGCUGUUUACAAAAAAAAAAAAAGUGUUUGUAAACAAACUAAACAAAUAAAACCAUAAAAGGUAAACGAA